AGCGGCCGGGCCGGCCAUGAAGCUGUGGCGGGGAGCGCGGCGGGCGGCUCUGGGCCUGGCACUGCUGCUGCUCCUUGCGCCGCCCGCGCGGGCCGUGGAACCCAUCAGCCUGGGCUUGGCGAUCGCCGGGGCCGCCGCCUCGGCCCUUACCGGCAUCAUCUCCUACCCGCGGCUCUACUGCUACUUCAGGGAGUGCUGCCUCCAGCGGCACGAGCAGCGCGUCGCCGCCGCGCUGCAGGAGAGCCUGGACAGGAGGCUGUUCGGACAGCACCUGGUCAGCAGGGUGGUGGUCAGGGCCGUGCGGGGAUUCCUCAGCAACGCCCAGGCCAAGAAGCCGCUGGCGCUGUCCCUGCACGGCUGGACGGGCACCGGCAAGAACUUCGUCAGCAAAAUCAUCGCCGAGAGCAUCUAUAAGAGGGGGCUGAAGAGUAACUAUGUCCAUCAGUUCGUGGCUACGCUGCAUUUCCCUCACGCUCACAGCAUCAACCUCUACAAGGACCAAUUGCAGUCAUGGAUUCGAGGAAAUGUGAGCAUCUGUCCCAGGUCAAUUUUCAUAUUUGAUGAAAUGGACAAAAUGCACGCAGGACUCAUUGAUGCCAUCAAGCCAUUUCUGGACUAUUAUGAGCUUCUGGAUGGAGUGUCAUACCGACAAGCCAUCUUCAUAUUCCUUAGUAAUGCAGGAGCUGAAAAGAUAACAGAGGUGGCACUCGAUUUCUGGAGAAAUGGGAAGGCAAGGGAAGAUAUACAGCUCACAGACAUGCAGAACGCACUGUCUGUGUCUGUCUUCAAUAACAAAAAUAGUGGAUUUUGGCACAGCACCUUGAUUGAUAGAAAUCUCAUUGACUACUUUGUUCCCUUCCUGCCUCUGGAAUACAAACAUGUGAAAAUGUGUGUCAGGGUAGAGGUCGAAUCCCGUGGCUAUGCUGUGGAUGAAGACAUUUUAAGCAGAGUAGCAGAUGAGAUGACCUACUUCCCCCGAGAGGAGAGGAUUUAUUCAGAUAAAGGAUGCAAAACUGUGGAUGCAAAGCUGGAUUAUUACUAUGACUUAUAAGGCUUUAUUGCUACAACCUGCAAAGGAGCAAAUUUAACUUGAUCAUGAAGUGGAGAACCCGGGACAUUUCAUUUGUAAGCACUUUUUAAAGGAGGGAACAUUGUUUUAACUGGUAUGUAAAGAAGCAGCAGCGCCUCUGCGUUUUUAUUCUGUCACUGAUCACGGCUCCCAGGCACGUCGUGCCAUCAGGGUCAGGGAGAGCUGCAUUGUGAACUGAGGGCUCUGACGGUGCUGAAGACUUUCUCCCACGUGCUGUGGAUCAGCAGAACCCCAGGGCAGGCUGUUGGAAGGAACAGUAGGACUGAGGGUAUGGCCAAAGUGUAAUUGUUUGGGUUCCUGUGGGUGGCCUCUUGGCAAUGUAGAGAAUCAUGAUUGAAGUCCUUGUUUGUGAAAGCCUUCAGUGGGCUCGUGAAGAAGCAUUCCUCUAAUGGCAUUACAAGCAGGAGGUGUGUAUUUUCUCAGCUAGCUUGGCUCCAGCAAAGAGAAGAGCAUGUUGUGUAAUUAGUAUAUUGGUAUUGCACAGCAUUGGAAAGAAUAUCUUUCUCAAAAUAGCCAUAAAAAUGGGCUUUCUUUGAGUCAGAGUUAAGAAUAUAAAACUCCUUGGUGUCAACAGAGUUCAGUAGGAGGACUUUAGUAGAGAGAAGAAAUGAGUUAAGAAUCCCUGUCUGUCUCCUCACUGUCACUGAUUCCAGUUUUGGGUUAUUUCUUUAAUGGAUGAAGUUGCCUACCACAUGCUCUCCUAGUUGUGAUCUUCCUAGGAGGAGAGCAGUGUGCUUUGUGCCUGUUGAGCUGGCUCCAGGGAAAGGGUGUGACUUAAUGGGAAAAGUGUGCAAGUUGAUUUUACACCCAGGAACUGGAAAAGAGAUUUCUCCUCCCUGACAUAGAGAAUUCAGAAGGCAGCUUGCAGGGUUUUCCCUUCUUCCUGUUCUCACAAUGCUGUAUGCCUUUGAGAUUUGGGAUGAAAAUGGAUCCAAAUGCUUAUGGAAAAGCUGUGAAAUACAUCACCUGAAGUUACUGCAGCCUGUCAGGCUUCUUUCUGAAUGUGAGCACUGCAAAACCUUCUGCAUUCCAGUUUCUUCUCACAAUAAAUUCUUCCCAUCAGAAAUGUG